GUGUAUUUAGUGAUACCUGGUUAGUCUUGAUGUCAAACGUGUCUUAAUUAGCACGACUUUGCCUCAUCGCACUGCUUUUGUUAAUACAUGAGGUAUAGAGUAUGGUUGUUACAAUAACGUCGUUGAUAUCUUCUAGACCUUAUAUUUGAUGUCGUGGCCUUUAAUGCGUUUUUAUAUUUACUCAAUGGAUCUUCGUCGACUAAGAGACAGACAACAGAUGAUCAAAAAUUAAAACUCCUGUCAGUUUCAAAUCACUAAUGUAGUCUUCAUAACAGUAUCACAUUCUUAUAAUAAGCAAAGGUGACAAGGAAUCAGAACAAGCUAUUGGACUCAGCAGACGUGAUCCGAUCAGCAUGCGGGGGGUGAGGUCAUCGGCGGAUUCCGUCACCACCACGUGACCGCCGUCGGAAGUGCGCUAUAUCACUACUCUGGCUUCAGCGGACCCGGUCCAUUCGGCAGGAGGAGAGAGCGCUGGCUAGCUUCGCCUUCACGGUCCAGUCAGGUCAUGUCUUUAACGAUGGAGAUGGAUGUCAGUGGAGUAUCCAGGACAGCCAUGUCUGUUCUUCCUGCUCCGGAGGCGAAAGCUACGCUGAAGCCUGAGAUGGAGAAGCCCCGCUGUGCCAGCACGCCCUGCUCUCCGAUCAAAAGUACGGUUUCGGGAUACCAGAUCGUCCACAUGAACUCCAAUUACCUUGUGGGCUUCACCACCGGAGAGGAGCUCCUUAAACUGGCCCACAAGUGGUCAUCCGACGCAGAGAAUUCAGGAACCGACGCCUUACGGAGCCCGUGCACGAAGCCGGUGGAUUUGGGUCUUCAUCGAGCCUCUCGGAUAUACAAAACCAAGAAUCGACACUACCAGCCUUACGACAUUCCAGCAGUCAAUGGGCAGAGGCGGAGAAGGAUGCCCAGCUCAGGUGAAAACUACCUCAAGUCACUGCCUGGGGAGUCCGGAAAGGUACUUCACGGCUCUCUGCCGCUCUGCCUUUUGAAUGGAAAGAGAGCGCAUUCAAAAUCUUUGGACUACCUCAACUUGGACAAAAUGAGUGUCAAGGAGCCGGCGGACACGGAGGUCUUGCAGUACCAGCUUCAGCACCUCACCCUCAGAGGGGAGCGGCUGUUUACCAGGAACAAGACAUGAAGUGGACCCAGGGAACCGCUCGAUUUUUGACACAUCUCUCGAAAUACCCGUCCCCCCGUCCCCCAACACCACCUCCCCCCACAGAGCUUAGGCAGCGCUCCUGAUAUUUGUGUGUUAUUUAUCUUGUCAUUUAAUGAACCAUUACAUUGAGGAUUAAACGUGAGAGCAGUCCACACACGAAUAAAUGGGUAUUGGCAACCGGACGUAGUGUGUGGUAUUGCGAGAGUAACUUUAAAUAUUUAGAAUACAUUUCAAGAGUAGCAAUAACACGUACAUUCAGUAACUGAAGGAACGAUGUUGAUUUCUGUGAAUCUGGCAAUGUAUCGAUUGCAGCUUUCCUUUUUUUUCUGCCUUUGCACUGUUACACACAUUGAAUAUUUAUAAAAACAUUGCCUCAGAACCAGAAGCACACUAUCAAUUUAAAAUGACUUGUUGGAUAUUAGCACACCUAUCAAGCUUACCUUCACCUGCGUAUUCAUAAGUACAUACCUGCAUACAUAAAUGGAACGUAAGACCGACUUGCAUUGUUCUGUAUAAAAGGGUCUUUUAAGCAGAGUUGUGGUGGAGAAGAUUAUUAGCGACAUGCUUAGUGUAAGAUUCGCUUAACUAUCAUCAAACUUGCUAUAUGCUGGAAAUAUGUUAGGGUUUAUUUUGUUUUGUAAUGUUUGUGUGCGUCUUGAUCUUUCAGCACGAUUUUCAUAGGGGAAACAUGACAGAGGUGAAACUGGUUGUGCAGAAAAUGGUUCCUUUAAGCUCUUGUGUACAUGCCUAAUUUGUAUGAUACUUGUCACACAGGUGUGUAGGUUCUGAAUGCAUAGCUUUAGAAACCAAAGGAUUUACUCAUGGGCAUCCUAUAAAAACUUGAUGAACCAUUCUUUUGGCAAUGUUUUUCAUAGAAUAACACAGGACAAUCAUCUGGAAAGUUCUCGCUCUUGGGAAAGACGGAACUGAGCCAAUGGUGUCACUGGCCCUGGUGUUUAACUUAUAAUGGUUUAUUAGGAAUCUGUAGGGCAUCUCUCAAUUUUUAUUUGAUUUCAAUUGGUUGUGUGAAGCAUUGGGUUGGUUCUCAAUAUUUAUGUAGGAUAGAAUAUUCACAUUACAUGACUAAGAUAUUUGCAAUUUUUGUACAGUGCUGGAAGCACUGUAUGUGCUUUUGCUAAAAAUUAGUUUUUAAUAUUAAAACAUUUCAUUAUAUAGUAAUUAAAUUCUUUACCAUUUGUUGGCCUGAUGGAUAUCUUGAUGUUGGUUUAAACACUUUAUAAAUUCAUGACUUUAACAAAUCAGAUUUAAAGCACCUUAAUGUAACUUAUUUGAUUAAUAUCCAUAGCAGAGAACGAUUGUUAGCGUGGGUGACCUUUUUCUAAAGCAGCUCCGUAAUAAAACAACAUUUGCAGCUGAUAGACUGUUAAAAAUAUCUUUGAAUAACUUAUCACACUCU